AUGCCGCUAGCAGCGGGUGUGGGCAGCGCGCGCAGUUCAUGCCAGUACGGGCCCAGCAGCUGUUUAGCAGACGGUAGCUACGUAUUAGAUCGGGCCAGUCGCGAGCGAGGAUCUAUAGUGCGCGACACGCUCCUCAGCUGUCAGCCUGCUUGGCACCUAGCCUGCAGGCUAGCGCAAAACAUGCGCCGCGCCGCUGCACGCACUGCGCGGUGCUGCCGCGUGCGUCCCGCACCCACGGGAGCAAUCGCAGCAAUGCGCCGCGCGGCGUCAACGACAACAAUCGCGCGCCCGCGCCGCCUCCGGUCGCCGCUGCCGCCGCCGCCGCUACCGCAGAUACAAAGGGAGGACCCGGGCCUCUACCGCGUGGCGACCGUCCCCAACGCCCUGUCGGCGCUGCGGAUCGCGGCGGCGCCGGCCGUGGGCGCGCUGGUCUGGCACGGGCACCACGACGCCGCGGCGCUCGCGGGCUGCGCGCUCUCGCUGACGGACUGGCUCGACGGCUACCUCGCGCAGAAGCUCGACCAAGAAACGAUCCUCGGGAAGUUCCUGGACCCGCUCGGCGACAAGGCCCUGGUCUGUUGCGUGGGCGUGCCGCUGGCGCUGCGCGGCGAGCUGCCCCUGGCGCUGGUCGCGCUCGUCGUCGCGCGGGACGUUGGUUUAGUGUUUGGCACGCGGCAAGCGUUACGAAAAGCACGGUCCACGACGACCUACGACCCGCGCUUCUUCCUGUUUGGGGGCAUGGACCCGCGCGCCAUCGGCCUCGACGCGGCGCCGUCGUUGAUAUCGAAGCUCAACACGGGGCUGCAGUUCGUGCUCGGGGGCGUCGUGCUCGCGCGCGGCGGCGACGUCGUCUCCAGUUACUUGCCGGCGGUCCUCGCCGCCGACGCGACGGUCGACGCGCUGUGCGGCGGCGUGGUCUGCACGACGCUGCUCUCGGGCGCGGACUACUUCUUCAACAAGCGCGGCGUCGUGGCGAACCGCGCGCCG